AUUUUGAAGCUUGAUAUAAGCCGGUGGAUUGUAUAUAGAAUUCCAGUCUACUUAAGGCCGUGCGAGUGUGCUAACUUUUUUAUAGAGGAAAAAAGUAACGUAAACAUUAAUUCACAUAUCCACUCGAAAAAUAAACGAUGUUUUUAUAAUGUUCUUGGAAAGCCCUGAUUGCAAGUUAUGAUAUCUUGAGGAAUCAAUUUAAAUAAAUAAGAGGUGAAACAAAACUGAAAAAACAAUGGUGGACAAUUCAGAAAAAGUUAUUGGUGGUAUAAAAUUUAUUAUAAAAACCGACAGUCAUUAUGCAAUAGAAUUUGAAACUGGUGAAAAAGCUAAUUUACACAUUUUAAAUAAUCAUGUAUUCAGAUAUUACAUGGCACCAAGCGGAAUAUUCUUAGAUUUUCCAAUACCAAUAAACCCAGACGAUGUCGCAAAGAUUGUUGUAAAAAACAUAAAUGACUAUGGCUUCGAAGCAUUCAGGCAAUCGAUACUUGAUGAUGUAAAUACACAUUAUAUUGUGCAAACGAGAGAUGUGCAAAUCGUUUUUGAUAAGAUAAAGGGUACUAUGAAUAUUGUUGACUUGAGAAUGAACAAAGAAGUAUUACAUGAGAUCAAACCAUUGUCUUAUGCCGAUUGCAAUUCAACCCAAAUACUCAAACAGCACGAUGACGAAUACUUUUUCGGAGGUGGAAUGCAAAAUGGAAGAUUCAGUCACAAGGGUGAAAUGAUAUACAUUAAAAAUAUGAACGAAUGGGACGAUGGAGGGGUAACAUCGCCUUGUCCCUUUUAUUGGUCUUCUUAUGGAUAUGGUGUCUUAAGAAAUACCUGGCAAAAAGGAACUUAUGACUUUGGUGAUAAGUCCGAUAAUUUCAUAGAAAUAGUUCACAAAGGUGAAGAUUUUGAUGCAUAUUAUUUUAUUAAUAGUAUACCAAAAGACAUUUUGAACGAUUAUUAUGAGUUAACGGGACAACCGCUUUUGAUGCCAGAGUAUGCUUUUUAUGAAGCGCAUUUAAAUGCUUUUAAUCGCGAUUAUUGGGUAAAAGUUACCUCAGACACUCGAGGAGCGAUACUUUUUGAAGAUGGGGAAUAUUACAAAAGCUAUAAACCAAAUGAAAUUGGUGAUAAAAAAGGUAUUUUAGAAUCAUUAAAUGGAGAAAAGAAUAACUACCAAUUUUCUGCUCGUGCUAUGAUAGACAGAUACAAAAAGCACGAUGUACCCUUAGGCUGGUUUAUACCAAACGACGGUUACGGUUCUGGGUAUGGUCAAACAGAUUCUUUGGAUGGCGACAUUCAGAAUUUAAAAGAAUUCGUCGAUUAUUCUUUACAAAAUGGAGUUGAAGUCGCUUUAUGGACGGAAUCCAAUCUUCACCCUGUUGAUCCCUUAAAUCCUAAAAAAGGGGAGCGAGAUUUAGGUAAGGAAGUAGGUGUUGCUAAUGUAGUAGCACUCAAAUGCGAUGUCGCGUGGAUCGGUUCAGGUUAUUCUUUUGGACUUAGCGCAGUUGAAAAUGCUACGACUAUAUUUGUGAAAGCAACUAAAACCAAUGUCAGACCAAUGAUUAUUAUGGUCGAUGGAUGGGCUGGUACGCAGCGCUAUUCUGGUAUUUGGAGCGGCGAUCAAAAAGGCGGGGAGUGGGAAUAUAUUCGAUUUCAUAUUCCAACUUAUAUCGGAGCAGGCCUAUCAGGUCUACCGAUUGUAGGUUCUGAUAUGGAUGGCAUUUACGCAGGUGGUUGUAAAGAAAUUAAUAUCCGAGAUUAUCAAUGGAAAACUUUUACACCAUUACAAUUAAACAUGGACGGAUGGGGAAACACCCCAAAAACUCCAUUCAGUUACGACGAGGAAGCUAUAAAAAUUAAUAGAGCCUAUUUAAAGCUAAAAUCUAUUUUAAUGCCAUAUAAUUACAGUAUUGGAUAUGAGUCUAUAUAUGGACUCCCAAUGGUAAGAGCUAUGUUCCUUGAAUUUCCUGAAGAAACAUCUGCUUAUACAAAAGACUCCCAGUAUCAGUACAUGUGGGGUCCUAAUAUAUUGGUAGCUCCAAUUUAUAAUGACGUAAAAGUUAUGGAAACAUCUGUUCGCGAUGGAAUAUAUCUUCCAAAUACAAAUCAAAUAUGGAUUGAUUUUAUGACCGGCAAAAAAUAUCAAGGUGGUAAAAUUUAUAAUAAUAUUCUGACGCCUCUCUGGAAGAUUCCUAUUUUUAUAAAAGAAGGGUCUAUUGUACCGAUGACGAAACCACACAACAAUCCAUAUGAAUUAAUAAGAGAUCUUAGGAUAUUUACUUUAUACCCAAAUGGAACUUCAAGCUUUAAAAUUUACGAAGACGAUGGCAUUACUUUAGACUAUUUAAAAGGCGAUUACGCUACCACCAAAAUUUUAGCAAUUGCACCGACAUCUUACCGUGUUGGUGAUCUAUUAAUAACUAUUCAUAAAACUCGUAAAUCUUACAAAAAUAUGGUUAAAGAAAGGAGCACAUUGAUACAAAUAAUGGCAUCGCAAGAGAUUGAAAAUAUAAAGGUAGCUAUUAAUGGGAAAUCUUUAAUUUUAAAUAAAGCUGAAAGUCUUACUGAAUUUGAAAAUCAAGAUAAUUCAUACUAUUUUGAUAAGGACUUCUGUAUAAAUUCCUAUUUGAGUGAAUAUGAUGCGACGAAACAAAAGUGUUUAUUAAUCAAAAUAGAAAAAUUCGACGUCACAGCGAAUGAAAUUGCAAUCAAGGUAACCGAUUUUACUAAUCAGGGUGAAGUUUUUGGGCUAUUCUCUUUGAAUAAACAAUUAGAACAACCGCAAAAUCUUAAAGUCAUCGACGAAGAACCAACUUCGACAUCAAUUUCGCUCAAAUGGGAUGAAAGUAGUAAAGCAGAUUUCUAUGAAAUCGAAAGAGAUGGUGCAGUGUUUACAAAUAUUAAAGGCAAUUCAUUUACAUUUAAAGAUUUUGCAUAUAGCAGUAAACAUAACUUUAGGAUUCGAACUGCUUGGAAUAAAACAGUUUCCGAAUGGACCGACUACACUUCAGGUAUAGUAAUGGACGACCCUUUGAAAUACAUAAUAACAGGAUUAGUCACAUGUAACUUGCCAUGUCAACCUUGUCAAGAAGUGUGUAAUCUUACCGAUGGAAAUCUCAAAUCGAUAUGGCAUACCGAUUGGGGUACAUCUGGUCAGUCGAAUCCUAAAGAAGAUAAAUAUCUUACACUUCAUUUCGACUUAGGAGAUAUUUACGAAUUAGAUAAAGCAGAGUACAUACCUCGUAGUGAUGCUGGCAAUGGUACAUUCCUAAUGGCUCGUUAUCGCUAUUCUGUUAAUAGAAAAGAGUGGAGUGCCAUCUCAGAAUCCAUAAAAUUCAAGGAAGAUAACUCAAUAAAAACUAUAAACUUUCAUGGCAAAAAAAUUCGAUUUAUUGAAUUGUCUUUAUUAGAAACUGUUGGCGACUUUGGUUCCGGUAGGCAAUUAUUAUUUUUUAAAAUGUAGCUUAUAAUUUGUUUUACAUAGUUACAUAAUGUUGCAAAUAAGUUUCAUAAAUAAAAGAAAUUAUAUA